AUGCAAGCGAGCGGGCUUCUGCUGGCGUGGUUCUCGCUCGUGCCCCGUGGCGCUGUGAUUGCGAUGGCGAUGCUUGCCUUCUUGCAGUCUGACCCUGUUGUGGGCGCGAAGUGGACUGUUAUCCAGUUCAAGGGCGCCAUUGAUUGCCUGGCAGCCAAUGGGCUGACGAUGCCAGAAGAAUUGGCCAAUCUUCAAUUCGGCGAUUUGAAGGAUGCCGCUGGCGCGACGGCGCUGACGAAGGGCGUCCUGCGGCGCGCUCUGGAUCGCGCGACGGUGGCGGCAGCCAAGGCGAGUGCGCCGGGUGCCGCGGGGCCCGCGCCGGGAGAGCAUGUCGACAUCGGCGCUGGCCUGGCCCAGAUCAGCUUGAGGGACCUUCCGGAGUCCCUGUGGCCAAGGUCAGCGAAGACCGAUGCGCUGGCCACCGAGGUGCAGCGCGCGAAAUCCAGGGGAAUCGCGCGCCCGUUCAUUUAUACUGAGCUCGCGAAGUUCCAGCCGCUUUGCGCGCGCGGCGCGGGCGGCUCUCCCGACGAUGACGAGCCCGAGUCGAAAGAGGGACGGAAGGCCCAGGUUGCCUUGGUCUACGACCGCCUUGUGCGGAGGACGUGGGCCGAGCGUGCCGCCGCCGGCGCGGCAGGCUUCCAGGCCGCAGCUCCGCGCCAUGCUUCGGCGCGUUAUUCUCGGGCGCGCGUCGGCGCGCAGGUGAACGUUGCGGCGCUGUCGCUUGACGUCGGGCUGCUCCGCGCGGUUGCCGCGCCGGCCGGCAAGGGUGCAGGGAAAAGCGCCGCGGCAGCGCGCGGGCAGAGUGCGAGCGCCGCGAGCGCCGCGGGCGCCGUGGGAGCCGCGGGGGGCGCCGCCGUCACUUCCUGGAAGAACGACCGCGAUUCCAGAGCCGACGGGAGGCGCGCGAACGCCCCCGGCAGGCUCGAGCGCUCGCGCUCGCAAAGCGCAGGGUUGAUCAACGGCCCUCUUCUCGUCGAACUGCUCGACGAAAUCGGUUACGAGGACGCGGCCUGCGUGGAAGUCUUUCGGCGCGGCGCGCCUCUCGUGGGCCCUCUCCCGUGCACGGGGAACGGGCGUCCGGAAUCUUUCCCUGGACCGCUCAGCCUGCCGGACUUGGCCGCGGGCGCGGAGCGAGGCAACGCCGCGCUGCUCGGCACGCUCAAGGAGUCUAGCGACUCCGCCGUGAUUCUCACCAAAACUAUCGCCGAAGCGGAGCUCGGCCGAAUGAGCCAUCCCGCGCCGCUCAGCGCGGUCGAGCUCGACGGUGCGGUUUUGUCGCCGCGGUUCGGCGUCCGGCAGUCGAGAGAGGACGGGUCCGAGAAGCUGCGGCUCGUAGAUGAUAUGUCGCGCUCUCGUAUCAACGCGGCGUCGCAGCCGACGGAGCGUCUCGGCCAUGAAGCCAUCGACGCUCUGUUUGGCACUUGCAAGGCAUUUGUGACGCGCGUGGCGAAGCGCCCGGGCUCUGGAAGGCUCAUUUUCGUCCCCGUCCUCAGAUAUGUGGACGACUUCUUCUGCCCCGAACGUAAGAAAGGGCUGCGCGACGCAAUGCGACAGUUCGCCGAACUGGUAAGUAUCAUUCUGGGCCCGAGCGCUGUGGCCGACGGUAAGCUGCUGUUCGGCAAUCCGCUCGGGGUCCUGGGCUUGUCUGAGGCGAUUGACGAGCGUGGCCUCGUGUGCUGGCCGCUGCCGGAGAAGCGCGCCCGGUGGCGCGCCGAGAUCGCUGCUGCUCUUCAAGAGGGCGCGCUCGAGCGCGGGCGCGCGUCCAAGUUGGCAGGCCGCUUCUGUUUGGCUGCCUCCCACACCUUCGGGCGGUUCGGGCGCGCGCUGCUCCCGCCGUUGUUUGAGCACGCAAGGGCGCGCCAUCCUAGUAUCCCGGCGCACCUGCGAGUCUGCCUGCAAUGGUGGCACGAAGCGCUCGCCAGAAAAUUCACCACGACGCGGGAGUGGCAGGCGCCAGACACCAGGUCUGUCCAAUUGCUCUCCGACGCGCGGGGGAAUCCAGCUAGAGUGGCCGCGGUUCUUUACAUUGACGGGCGCAUUGUCUUCACCGAUGUCGCCCCGCCUGAGCCUCUGCUUCGGCUCUUCAGGGAAAGGCGCGACAAUCAAAUCGGCGGUCUGGAGGUGCUCAGCAUCGCGCUGGGCCUGGCCACCUUUGAGCCGCUCCUGUCGGGCCGAUGCGUGAACAUCUUUUCGGAUAAUUCAGGCAGCGAGUGGGCCGUCCGGUCCGGUGCGGCGAAGCAGAUUGACCACAAUUGCCUGGUCCACUCAAUCUGGCGCAUGGCGCUGGAUGCGAAUUGCAAUCUGCACGUUCAGCGUGUGGCGUCGGUGGACAAUAUCGCCGACCUGCCGUCGCGCGAGUCAUAUUCCCUGCUGUAUCGCUUGGGGGCGGAGUGGAUUCCUCCGGUGCUGGACGAUGGGUUGGCGUCCUCCCUCGCGCACGUCGCGGUCGCGCUUCGCCUGUGGGCGCGCGAGGGCAUCUCUGGGUUGUCGGCGCACCUGGAGAAUGUCAUCGGUGUUCGCGCGAUGGCGCUGGCUGGAUUGCUCGCUCAGCUUCGCGCGGUUUGCCCUGAGGCACGCCCUCUUCCUGUGUUCGCCGCAGCCGAGCUGCUUGCCGAUAACGGCGCCGACGCCGUGAGCGAUUUGGUUGGCGUCACCCUGGCAGACUUCAGGGGCGCCGCGGCAUUAUCUUGCGACGCCCGCGAGGUGGUCCGCGCGGCUAUCGCGGCAGCCCAGCGCGGCGGCGCGCCAGACGCGCUGGGCAGGGGCAGCGCGGGCGCUUCUCCUGCGCCCGCCCCGUCGCCCGGGAUUGCCCCCAGGCCCGUGGAAGUCUUCAGGCACCCGGCGGUUCGCGCCGCUAAGAACGCCAUCGAGAAGCGGUCGGGCUGGCAGGCGAAGGCGCGCAUGGCCCUUCAGGGCCGCGACGUCGCCCGUCUGGUGUCGCACCUGCGCGUCAGUGACGAGGGUCGCCGUUUCGCCAUGUUGUGCCUGGCGGCCUACGAAUUCCUCCUUCGGCUACCCUCGGAGGCCCUGCCCGCGGUGCGGGUUGAAGAUGGCGCGGCCGCGGCUUGCGUGGCCUCCGCGUUCGUCGUCGGCGAUCAAAAGAUCGAGCUGCUCCUCUCCAGGAGAAAGAACCGCGAGAGCCGCUCGGUGAUGGCACGGCAGUGCUGGUGCGACGAGUGCGCGGACAUCGCUGCCAGGGGCGGACCGGUCACCGACCUUCUUCGCGCGGGCGGCUGGCAUCAGCCCGCGUGGAUGAAAUACCUUACGUCUCCCGGCUCGAGCGGCAGUCGGGCCGUGCGAGGCGAGUGCAAGCGCCAGGAUUUGUGGGGUCGGAAUAACGAAGUUAUUGCUUGGCACAAAUCCGCCCGCGCUGUGAACGACCCCGCGGCUUGCCGCGGGGGCGCCCUCGCUCGGCUGGUCGGCCGCGCGCUGGCCGCGCGCUGCGGGGCAGAUGGGUCGGGCAGCGGCAAACCCCGCGUCGCAAUAAAGUUCGAGGGCGAGGCGGGACUGGAGCUGUAUGAGCUGUCUCUCAAGCAGCCUCCCGCCCCCAGGGCGGCGGCGGAGGAGGGCGGCGAUACUAGCAGCAACUGGAUGAACUGGUUUCCGAAGAUCGGUGUCUUUGGUAUCGCCCUCGUCAUCGUGGUGAUGUGGAACGUGCGGAAGGCCACUUCCCAGCGCCAGGGCGACUUCAAGCCGGACUUCGAUUCUGACUACCUGGAGCAGCUGAGGGAGCAGAGGAAGCAGCAGAAGGCCAGAGGCUCGGGCGGCGGCGGCGCGGCCCGCAGCGCCCAAGUCCAGGAAACCUACGACGACGACUGAGGGCGCGAGAUGCGGCGCGGGCGCGGGCCCGCCGCGCGCCGCCGGCCUCUCGCGGGAGGGAGCCCCGCCGCUGCACCGGCAGUGCCGCGGCUGCCCGGCGGAGCGGGGCCGCGCGAGCACGCGCGCCGGCGCGGCCAGAGGAGGGCCGGGCGCCCAGGCCAGUGCUCGGCGGUGCAAAGACGGGGCCCCAGCCCUCCAAGGAAUGGAAC